UGUUGCUUGGUUGCCAUUGGUAACCACGGCCGGGCUGCGAUUGGUUUUUCAGUCAUGGCAUCAAGUAGCAUGCAGUAUCAGCUUUUGGCCGCGUGGGGGCAGUGUUGAACGUUGUAUAUACACACAGACAGGACCAGCACGUAGUGACGAAAUUAGUGUUUAUGUUUCAUUCAUCCUCUAACUUGUUCUAGACGUCAUUUGAUAGUGAUUUUUUUUACCAAAACCUAUAAUCUUAAAGUUAUAUUUAUAAGAAAAUAUAAAGGUGAUUGUGUUGUAUUGCGUGCGUCAGCAGUGAUGCAAUGUUUGCGGGCAAGGGCCCGAAUGGGGAGGUGCUUACGAUUAUGCAGAUUCCAGGGCCCGCCUUGAGGGAUUUAUCCACAGGGCAGAUCUCGGGUGUAGAGGCGGGAGGGUGAACUUGCACACGCCCCUUUUGAUCAAGCAGCGGGCCAAGAAACCAAGUUAGAGGAAAUCCAACAGCAUCCAAGACCCCCCCAAGUCCCUUCAGCUCCUCCAUCUGCACACUGGAGCUGGACGGACCAGCCAGAAUGUGGAGCCCAGUACCGCUUCAACUCUUCCUCCUCGUCUUCUGCUGGCUUACCUGGUGCCAAUCACAAGGAUGUGAACUGGGGCAGUUCCGCUGCGGGACGGGGCGAUGCAUCCCAUGGGACUGGCACUGUGACGGCACGUCGGACUGUUCGGAUGACUCUGAUGAACACGACUGCCCUCAGGUAACAUGCGAUGACAGUCAUUUCCAGUGUCUGAGUGACAGCGAGUGCAUUCCAGAUGUUUGGGUGUGCGACGAUGAGGAAGACUGCGAAGAUGGCUCUGACGAGAGGCAAAACUGUCCCGGGAGGACUUGCACAAGUGGACAGUUCAGCUGUUCCAGCGGGGCGUGCGUCCCAGCCGAGUACAGGUGCGACCAUCUGUCCGACUGCACCGACGGCUCAGACGAGAGAAACUGCGAUUACCCCGAGUGCACAGAGCUUAGAUGUGCUAAUGGCGCCUGCUACGAGCGGACCCAGCGAUGUGACCACAUACUUGACUGCCGUGACGGCUCCGAUGAGGCAAAUUGCACACAGCACUGCAAUACGGGCCUGUUUCCAUGCCGUAAUGGCAUGUGCGUGCCUCAGCGAUACAUCUGCGACCAUGACGACGACUGUGGCGAUGGAAGCGAUGAGCUCAACUGCACUUAUCCUUCAUGCAGGGGCAAUUACUUCACUUGCCCCAAUGGCCGCUGCAUCCACCAGGUAUGGCUUUGUGACGGCGAGGAUGACUGUGAGGACAACGCCGAUGAAAAAGGCUGUGAUAAUGCCCGGCAGGAGUGUUAUCCCGGAGAAUGGCCAUGUCCUUCCUCGGGCGUGUGCAUUCCCCUGGAUCACCUGUGUGAUGGGACGCCCCACUGUCCUGAGGGGGAGGACGAAACCAACGCCACUGUUGGACACAACUGCAGUAUCUGGAGAUGCUCCUCUCUGAGUUGCGAGCAUCGCUGCCUUCCCUCUCCUGACGGAGGAACCUGUUCCUGUCCUCCUGGAUACAUUGUCAGCAGCAACGACAGCCGCUCGUGCAUGGAUUUUGACGACUGCUCAGUGUGGGGAGUGUGUGACCAGCUGUGCGAGGACCGCAUGGGUUCUCAUCAUUGCGGCUGCAGAGACGGUUACGUCCUGGAACAGCACAGAUACUGUCGAGCCGACGCGUCCACCGGGGUCCCGUCCUUGGUGUUUUCUAAUGGCAGAGACCUGCUGAUGGGCGACAUCCACGGCAAUGAUCUGCGCACUUUGGUGCACUCACAGAAAAGAGGAGUCGCAGUAGGAGUUGACUUUCACUUUGACCUCCAAAUGAUCUUCUGGACUGACACCGUACAGAAUAAGGUGUUUUCUGUGGACAUGGACGGGUCCAACAUGCAGGUGGUUUUAAAUGUAUCAGUUGACUACCCUGAGAACCUGGCGGUGGACUGGGUGAACAAUAAACUGUAUGUGGUGGAGGCCAGUGUCAACAGGAUCGACAUGGUGGACUUGGAUGGAAAUAACCGGGUCACGCUCAUCACCGAGAACCUGGGAAACCCGAGAGGACUCGCGGUGGACCCCACUGUCGGCUACAUGUUCUUCUCAGAUUGGGAGGCCCUUAAUGGUCAGCCGGGUCUUGAACGUGCCUACAUGGACGGAAGCAACCGUUACGGCAUCAUCAGGAGCAAACUGGGCUGGCCAGCUGGCAUCACGCUGGACAUGGAGGCCGAGCGUGUUUACUGGGUGGAUAGUCGCUAUGAUUACAUUGAAACUGCCACCUACGAUGGUCUUCACAGGAAGACUGUUGUCCAUGGAGGUGCCGUGGUCCCUCACCCAUUUGGCAUCAGCCUCUUUGAGCACAGCGUGUAUUUCACCGACUGGACAAAGAUGGCGGUGAUGAAGGCAAACAAGUUCACAGACGCCAGUCCCGAGGUGGUCUACACAACGUCACAGACGCCACACGGGGUGGCGGUGAUCCAUCAUCUCAAACAGCCACACAUGGCAAACCCGUGCGAGUUACAUCGAGGUGGGUGUGAUCACAUCUGCGUGUUGAGUCACAGGAGUGACAACGGGGGGUUGGGCUACCGCUGCAAGUGUCGCAUAGGCUACGACCUACACACAGAUGGCAAGAGAUGUUUGGCUGUUAGGCAGUUUCUGCUCUUCUCUAGCCAACUGGCUGUGAGAGGGAUCCCCUUCAACUUCUCCUCUCAGGAGGACAUCAUCCUGCCCAUCACUGGAUCACCUUCCUACUUUGUUGGGGUGGAUUUCAGCGCCGAGGAUGAUGAAAUCUUCUUCUCGGAUACAGGCAAAGACAUCAUCUACAAACAGAAAGUGGAUGGGACCGGCAGGGAGGUGCUGGCAGCCAACAGAGUGGACGGCGUAGAGGAUCUCGCUUACGACUGGAUUUCUAAAAACCUCUACUGGACUGACUCACGAUACAGGAGCAUAUCCGUCAUGAAGGUCGCCGAUAAGUCCAGGAGGGCCAUCAUACAGAACCUCAACAACCCAAGAGCCAUCGUGGUGCAUCCUCUGGUCGGCUAUAUUUUUUGGACAGACUGGUACCGGCCAGCAAAGAUUAUGAGGGCUUGGAGCGAUGGCUCACACGCCCUGUCAAUCGUGAGCACCACUCUUGGUUGGCCUAAUGGCCUCGCGAUUGACUGGAGCUCCAUGCGUUUGUAUUGGGUGGAUGCCUUCUUUGACAAGAUCGAACACAGCAAUUUUGAUGGACACAACAGGCUUUCUUUGGACCGCGUUGCUCAGAUGUCGCAUCCGUUUGGACUCACCAUUUUUGAAGGCUACGCCUAUUUCACUGACUGGCGCCUGGGUGGAAUUGUCCGUGUGCGCAAAAGCGACGGCGGUGAGAUGGCGGUCAUCCGACGAGGAAUCAGCCACAUUAUGCACGUUAAAUCCUUCAACUCCAACUCUCAAAUCGGUUCCAACCUGUGCAGCCGGCCCACAAAUCCAAACGGAGACUGUAGCCACUUUUGCUUCCCGGUGCCUGACUCCCAGAGGGUGUGUGGGUGUCCGUACGGCAUGAAGCUGGCCCCCAACCGGCAGACGUGUGUGGAGGAUCCCGCCAGCGAGCCGCCGACCCUGCAGUGUGGCGCCAACUCCUUCUCCUGCUCCAACGGCAAGUGCGUCCCCAGCAGCUACCGAUGCGAUGGUGUUGACGACUGCCACGAUGACAGCGAUGAGGCCAACUGCGGCAUCAACAACAACACUUGUUCCCCGUCUGCAUUCACGUGUGCCAAUCAGCGUUGUGUGCCGGCUGCAUGGCGUUGUGACGGACACAACGACUGCCUGGAUGACAGUGACGAGUCUGCCUGCCCGACACGCGGACCCGGAACCUGCUCAGCCAAUCAGUUUGCCUGCGCCAACCACCGCUGUGUCCCACUGACCUGGCGCUGCGACACUGAUAACGACUGCGGGGACAGCUCAGAUGAAGCCGACUGCCAUGUGAGCAGUACCUGCCUUCCAGACCAGUUCCAGUGUCCAGACCACCGCUGUAUCGCCCCCAGCUACAUCUGUGAUGGCGACAGGGACUGCGUGGACGGGGCAGAUGAGCAAGGAUGCAUCUACAACUGCACGGGGAGUGAGUUCAAGUGCAUCCGCGGCCACCAGUGCAUCAACUCCUUCUACCGUUGCGACGGCAUCUUUGACUGCACCGACCGCUCGGAUGAGCAAGGCUGUCCAACAAGGCCUCCAGGCAUGUGCCAUCACGAGAGCGAGUUCCAGUGCCAGUCGGACGGCAGCUGUGUCCCGUCCACGUGGGAGUGCGACGGACAUGCCGACUGCGAGGACGGCAGCGACGAGCACCAAGCCUGCCCGCCACGUACCUGCCCCUCCUCGCUCUUCCGCUGCGACAACGGCAACUGUGUGCUGCGCAGCUGGCUGUGCGAUGGCGACAACGACUGCAGAGACAUGAGCGACGAGCGGGACUGUCCCACGCCGCCUUUCCGAUGCCCGGGCUGGCAGUGGCAGUGUCCCGGAUAUAGUCUUUGCAUCAACCUGACCAGCGUGUGCGAUAACGCCCCCCACUGCCCUAACGGUGCAGACGAGUCUCCUCUCUGCAAUGAGCCUUUGCCAGACCAGGAGAGCUGCUCCGACAACAAUGCUGGCUGCACCCACGGUUGCAUCCAAGGGCCCUUUGGUGCGCAGUGCACCUGCCCUGUUGGCUAUCAACUGAGCAACGACUCCAAAACCUGUGAGGAUUUGGACGAAUGUCACCCUCCGGGACGAUGUAGCCAGCAUUGUUUUAACGAGAGAGGCUCUUUCCGCUGUCACUGCCAUGACGGUUACUCUCUCCAGGAGGACCAGCGGACCUGCAAGGCCUCAGAUUCCCGUCAAGCCGUCUUGUUGGUGGCCAGUCGGAAUCAGAUUGUGCAGGAUGACAUCACGGCUCAGCCCAAAGUGGUACAGUCGCUGGUCCGGGAUGGACGCAACAUCGUGGCCCUUGACUUUGACUCGGCCUCUGACCGUGUGUACUGGUCCGACACCAGCCAGGACAGGAUUUGGAGUGCACACAAAAACGGCAGCGAGCGAACUGUGGUGUUUGACAGCGGUGUGACAGUAACUGAGAGCCUUGCAGUGGACUGGGUGGGCAGGAACCUCUACUGGAGCGACUACGUUCUGGAGACCAUUGAGGUUUCCAGACUUGAUGGUACUCACCGGACCGUGUUGGUCAGCGAGAAUGUCACAAACCCUCGAGGCCUGGUGCUGGACCCAAGAGACAGUGCUCACCUGAUAUUUUGGACGGACUGGGGGAGGAACCCUCGCAUUGAGCGGGCAAGCAUGGAUGGAAAGCUGAGAACCGUCAUCAUCAGCAACAAGCUGUACUGGCCAAACGGUCUCACCAUAGAUUACCCCAACAACUUACUCUACUUUGCUGAUGCCUAUUUGGACUUCAUCGACUACUGCGAUUAUAACGGCAAGAACAGGAAACAAGUUCUGGCCAGUGACCUGGUUCUGCAACACCCCCACGCAAUUACCAUUUUUGAGGAUUUUGUCUAUUGGACCGACAGAUACAUCAACCGUGUGAUGAGAGCCCAUAAGUGGCACGGGGAGAACCAGACAGUGAUGCUGUUCAACCUCCCUCAGCCCAUGGGUCUGGUGGCUGUGCACCCGGCCCGGCAGCCAGCAGGAACCAAUACCUGCUUCCAGAACCCCUGCACUCACAUCUGCCUGCUGUCAGCUGUUGGACCCGGUUAUUACUCAUGUGCAUGCCCCUCGGGGUGGAUGCUGGCGGCAGACCAGGCGACCUGCACCAGAAUCGAGGAUCCUUUCCUGGUGGUGGUGAGAGACAGCAUCAUUUACGGCAUUCCCUUGAACCCAGAAGACAGAAGCAAUGAUGCCAUGGUGCCGGUGGCCGGGCUUCAGAACGGCUACGACGUCGACUUUGAUGACAGCGAACAGACCAUUUACUGGGUCGAACACCCAGUAAGUCAUGGUGAGAUCCACAGAGUAAAGUCAGAUGGUACCAACAGGACCGAGUUUGCCCCUGCAACCAUUCUGGGGUCCCCUGUGGGCCUGGCCCUGGACUGGAUCACAGAAAACCUCUACUGCACCAAUCCCGCCACACAGUCCAUUGAGGUGAUGAGACUGAGAGGGGGGGUUCAGUACCGUAAAACUCUCAUCACAAAUAAGGGCUCUCCAACUGGAGCUGGCAGUCCUGUCGGCAUUGCUGUGGACCCAGCACGUGGCAAACUGUAUUGGAGCGACCAAGGGACAGAGAGCGGCAUCCCUGCCAAGGUGGCAUCUGCAGACAUGGAUGGCAUGAACCCUGUCAUACUGUUCACAAACAACCUGGACCAUAUCGAGUUCCUCACGCUGGACAUUGAAGAUAACAAGCUGUACUGGGCUGUUAGCAGCACCGGAAUGAUUGAACGUGGAGAUCCUGAUGGGACCAACCGGGUCACCAUCGUGUCGGGUCUGGCUCAUCCCUGCAGUGUUGCAGUCUAUCAGAACUUCCUCUACUUCACUGACCGCGACUUUGAGGUCAUCGAGCGUGUGGACAAGUCCACGGGGGGCGACCGGAUUGUGCUACGCGACAACCUGUCUGGGCUCAGGGUUCUGAAAGUCCAUCAUCGAGAGACCUCUGCAGGCACGUCCAACGGCUGCACCAACAGCGAGGCUGCGUGCGAGCAGCUGUGCCUGCCUCGGCCGCAGGGGGCGUUCACGUGCGCGUGCGCCACCGGUUUUAAGCUCAACACUGACAACGCAACCUGCGGACAUUUCCAGUCCUUCGUGGUCAUCUCGACACUAUCCGCCAUCAAAGGAUUUAGUCUGGAAGGGGAAGACCACUCAGAGGCCAUGGUGCCAGUGGCCGGACGAGGUCGCAAUGCUUUACACAUUGAUGUGCACGUAGCAUCCGGCUUCAUCUACUGGUGUGACUUCAGCAGCAACGUUGCCGCCCAGAACGGGGUCAGACAAAUCAAGUCGGACGGCUCAGGAUUACGUAGCGUCAUCACAUCUGGAAUUGGUCGCAAUGGGAUACGUGGGAUAGCCGUGGACUGGGCUGCAGGGAACCUUUACUUCACCAACGCUUUCCUGACGGAGACAUAUGUGGAAGUUCUUCGUCUCAACACGACUUUCCGAAGAGUACUAUUGAAGACUCAGGUGGACAUGCCACGCCACCUCGUGGUGGACCCAAGAAAUAGAUAUCUAUUCUGGGCUGACUAUGGUCAGAACCCCAAAAUUGAGCGAGCGCUGUUGGAUGGAACCAACCGCAGCGUUUUAGUAUCAUCAGGAAUUAUCACCCCACGGGGUCUUGCUCUCGAUCAGGAAACUGGAUUUGUCUACUGGGUGGAUGACUCUCUGGAUAUGAUCGCUCGAAUCAGCCCCCACGGAGGGGAGAUGGAGGUAGUCCGGUAUGGCGGGCGCUAUCCAACUCCUUAUGGAAUUGCUGUGUUCGGAGCGAGUAUCAUUUGGGUGGACAGAAACUUGAAGAAGGUUUUCCAAGCCAGCAAAGAACCCGGGAGCACAGAGCAACCCGUCGUCAUCCGAGACAACAUAAACAUGCUGAGAGACGUCGCUAUCUUUGACCAGCGCACUCAGCCCGUGAUAAACAAUCACCCCUGCCUGGAGACCAACGGGGGCUGUGCGCACUUUUGCUUUGCCCUGCCAAGCACCCACUUUGAGCACCCCUCCAAAAAAUGUUCCUGUGCAUUUGGGAAUCUUGCCGCAGACAAUGAGAGCUGUGUGGUGUCAAAGGAUGACUAUCUCAUCUACACCACGGAGAGCACGGUGCGGAGCUUGCGCCUGGAUCCCGAAGACCACAGCGUGCCGUUCUCUGUCAUCAACGUGCCACGGACUUCUGUGGCGCUGGACUUUGACGUCACUGACGAAAGGAUCUACUUCAGUCAGAGCUCAGGCGCGGGAGCAAGCAAGAUCAGCUACAUCAGCCUCUCCUCUCCUACGUCAGCUCCAGUACUGGUGGCCUCAGAUUUAGGAGCACCUGAUGGAAUUGCAUACGAUUGGAUGAAUAAACGCAUUUACUACAGUGACUAUGCCAACCAGAGCAUCAACUCCAUGUCUGUGGAUGGGUCUCAGAGGACCAUCAUUGCCCAUGUGUCCAGACCAAGGGCCAUUAUGUUGGAUCCCUGCAUGGGAUACAUGUAUUGGACAGACUGGGGAACCCACGCAAAGAUUGAGCGUGCUACCUUAGGCGGGAACUUCCGGAAGGAGAUUGUGAAUAGCAGCCUGGUGUGGCCCAAUGGACUGACCUUAGACUAUGACGAGCAGCGGCUGUAUUGGGCGGAUGCCAGCUUACAGAAGAUUGAGCGGUCCUCUCUGACAGGAUCAAAUCGGGAGGUCAUCGUCAGCACGGCCAUCUACCCCUUCGCCAUGGCCAUGUUUGGACAGUUUAUCUACUGGACCGACUGGAACACACGGAGUAUCUACCGCGCCAACAAACACGAUGGUUCCGACCAAACGGUGAUGAUUCAGAACCUUCCAUCUCGGCCGAUGGACAUCCACGUUCUGGCCAGCGGGAAGCAGCAGCGGUGUCUCAGUCCCUGCCAGCAAUUUAAUGGAGGCUGCAGCCACAUCUGCACACCAGGCCCCAAUGGAGCUGAGUGUCACUGCCCAUCAGAGGGCCUCUGGUAUCUUGCUGACGGUAAACAUUGCAUCCCUGAUAAUGGUACCCGCUGCCAGGCGGGACAGUUCAGCUGCCUGAAUGGCCGCUGCAUCCGUGCCCAGUGGAAGUGUGACAAUGACAACGACUGUGGAGACGGCAGUGAUGAACUGGAGAGAGUCUGUGGAGACAACUCAUUUGUCCCUCAGCUGCUGUCAUCAUUCAUAGAUUUGUCAGCCUUCCACACCUGUGAGCCCACCGUGUUCACCUGCGGCAACGGGAGAUGUGUGCCCUACCACUACCGCUGUGACCACUACGACGACUGCGGCGACAACAGCGAUGAGGGGGGCUGUCUGUUCAGACCGUGCGACCCCAACGCCGAGUUUGCCUGCAACAACGGCCGAUGUAUUGCCAAGGAUUAUGUUUGCAAUGGCAUCAACAACUGCUAUGACAACGGCACGUCCGAUGAGCAAAACUGUCCCGAGAGAACCUGCCAGCCGGAGCACACCAAGUGUCAGUCAACCAACAUUUGCAUCCCUCGUUCCUACCUGUGUGAUGGAGACAACGAUUGCGGAGACAUGAGCGACGAGAGUCCGACCCACUGUGCAACGUCCACGUGUUCCCAGAGCGAGUUCCGUUGUUCCAGUGGUCGUUGCAUCCCGGCCCACUGGUACUGUGACGGAGGGGCCGACUGUGCCAACGGCUCUGACGAACCUCUCUCCUGCACCACGCAAGCCAGAACCUGCAACGCAGACCAGUUCCGUUGCGAUGAUGGACGUUGCAUCGCCUCCUCCUGGAUCUGUGACGGAGACAAUGACUGCGGUGACAUGAGCGAUGAAGAUCAGAGGCACAACUGUGCCAACCGCACAUGUUCCGGUUCAGAGUUCACCUGCGAGAACAACCAACCUCCUCAGCGCAAGUGCAUUCCUCGGGACUGGUUGUGCGAUGGUGAUGCGGACUGCACCGACGCGUUAGAUGAGCAUCAGAACUGCACCCGCAGAUCCUGCGGCAUCAACGAGUUCACGUGCAGCAACGGCCUCUGCGUGCGUUCUUCCUACAGGUGUGACCGACGCAAUGACUGCGGCGACAGCAGCGAUGAACAAGGCUGCACGUACCAGCCGUGCCAGCAGCAUCAGUUCACCUGCCAAAAUGGACGCUGCGUGUCACAUGACUUUGUCUGCGACGGGGAUAACGACUGCGGGGACGAGUCUGACGAGCUAGAGCACAUGUGCCGAACCCCGCCACCCACGUGCCCCCCAGGAGAGUUCCGAUGUGACAACGGGCACUGCAUCCCUCUGAGCCAGGUGUGUAACCGCGACGACGAUUGCGGCGACAACAGUGACGAGAAAGGAUGCGGUAUCGAUGAGUGCACGGACCCAUCCAUCCAUCGCUGCGACCACAAUUGUUCUGACACGCCCACUAGCUUCAUCUGCACAUGCCGCCCCGGCUACCGCCUCAUGUCUGAUGCCAAAACGUGCGACGAUGUCAACGAGUGCGCCGACACGCCGAGCGUAUGCAGCCAAGUCUGCGAGAACACGGUGGGCUCGUACGUUUGCAAGUGCGCCCCGGGGUUCCUACGCGAGCCGGACGGGCGCAGCUGCCGCCAGAACAGCAACAUCUCGCCGUACCUCAUCUUCAGCAACCGCUACUACCUCAGGAACCUGUCCACGGACGGGCUGGCCUACUCGCUGAUCCUGCAGGGCCUUACCAGCGUGGUGGCUGUAGACUUUGACCGUGUGGACAAGCGUUUGUAUUGGAUCGACGUCAGCCGCAGAGUCAUUGAGAGGAUGUCCUUCAAUGGCAGCAACAGGGAGGUGGUGGUCAACGGGGUUCUGCAUGGCGAGGGCCUUGCAGUGGACUGGAUCGCCAGAAAGCUGUACUGGGUGGACAGUUUCAUGGAUUGCCUGAAAGUGUCGGAGCUGGACGGUCGCUUUGUGAAGAAACUGUCCGAACACUGCGUGGAUGCCAACAACACGUACUGCUUUGAGAACCCCAGAGCCCUGGUGUUGCAUCCCAAACAUGGAUAUGUCUACUGGACUGACUGGGGAGAAAAAGCCUUCAUAGGUCGAGUUGGAAUGGACGGAAGCAACAAAGUUGCCAUCGUCACCACCAAGAUCGAGUGGCCCAACGGUCUCACCAUUGACUACACCAACGACAAGCUCUACUGGUCUGACGCACAUUUGAACUACAUUGAGUACUCAGACCUGGACGGUCACCACAGACGUACCGUGUACGACGGAGUCUUGCCUCAUCCGUUUGCCCUGACCUUGUUCGAAGACACGCUCUACUGGACCGAUUGGAACACACGCACAGUGGAAAAAGGCAACAAAUACGAUGGAUCUGGUCGCCAGGUCCUGGUCAACACCACACACAGACCUUUUGACAUCCACGUGUUCCAUCCCUACAGACAGCCAAUCGUAAACAACCCCUGUGGGGUGAACAAUGGAGGCUGCACUCACCUGUGCCUCAUCAGUCACGGGGGGCGGGAGCACACCUGCGAGUGUCCCGACCACUUCCUGGCAGUGCAAAUAGGAGGUGUGGCCAGAUGCCUUCCCAUGUGCACCAGCACGCAGUACCGAUGCACCAACAACGAGCGUUGUAUUCCAAUCUGGUGGAAGUGUGACGGCCAGCGAGACUGUCGAGACGGUUCAGACGAGCCGCCCACCUGCCCCCCUCACCACUGCAGGCUGGGCCAUUUCCAGUGUCACGACGGGAACUGCACUAGUCCGCACUUCCUGUGCAACGGCAAACAAGAUUGCCACGAUGGCUCUGAUGAAGAUCCUGUCCUGUGUGCGACACACCAGUGUGAAGCUCACCAGUGGCAGUGUGGGAAUAAGCAGUGCAUCCCUGAGUCGUGGCAGUGCGACGGCGAAGAGGACUGCACCGAUCACUCCGAUGAAGACCCUUCCCAUUGUUCUACCAGGACUUGUCGCCCCGGACACUUUAAAUGCCGAAACGGGCGCUGCAUCCCUCAAACCUGGAAAUGUGACACGGAUGAUGAUUGUGGGGACAACUCUGAUGAGCCUCUCGACGAAUGCAUGGGACCAGCGUAUCGAUGUGACAACCACACGGAGUUUGCCUGCAAGACGAACUACCGAUGUGUGCCGCUUUGGUCCGUGUGCAACGGACACAACGACUGCAGAGACAACAGCGACGAGGAUGGCUGCGAUGAGGUAGCCUGCGACGCCAGUGGAGAUUUCCAGUGUGACAACCAUCGCUGCAUCCCGCUGCGCUGGCGCUGUGACGGGGAUGAUGACUGUGGGGACAACUCUGAUGAACACAGCUGCACACCACGCACUUGCACCGAGAGCGAGUUUCGCUGCGAUAAUCUGCGCUGCAUUCCCGACCGUUGGGUCUGUGACCAUGACAACGACUGCGAAGACAACUCGGAUGAAAGGGACUGUGAGCUACGAAGGUGCCACCCAGGUUACUUCCAGUGUGGAAGUGGACACUGCAUCGCCGAUCGCUUCAAAUGCGACGGAAACGCAGACUGUGUGGACUACACGGAUGAGUCGACGUGUCCCCCACGCUUUCCAAACGGCACGUACUGCCCCCACUUCCUGUUUGAGUGUAAGAACCACGUGUGCGUCCAGCCUCACUGGAAGUGCGACGGAGACGAUGACUGCGGAGACAACUCUGACGAGGAGCUUCACCUGUGCCUGACGUUGCCGUGUGAGACGCAGUUCCGUUUCCGCUGCGACAACAACCGAUGCAUCUACACUCACGAGCUGUGCAAUUCCGUAGACGACUGUGGGGACGGUUCGGACGAGAGACAAGAAAACUGCCAAAGUCCCACGCAUGGACCCUGUACAGAUGAGGAGUACAAAUGCAGUAAUGGCCAAUGCAUUCCUCUCCAGUACGCCUGUGAUGAUUAUGACGACUGUGGCGACCAGUCGGAUGAAUUGGGCUGCCACCAGCACAGUGGACACGUCUGCAGUGAUCACAUGUGUGAACACAACUGUACCGACCUCAGCGACGGAGGCUUUCUGUGCUCCUGCAUGCCGGGCUACCGGGCCAGAAGCACCGAACGACACAGCUGUGAAGAUAUCAAUGAGUGUGAGGUGUACGGGAUUUGUCCACAAGAGUGCAAGAACACAAAGGGAAGCUACGAGUGUUUCUGUGCCGAAGGCUUCGUCUCCUUCGGAGAGCCGCACGGCACCGAGUGCGCUGCCCAAGGAAACCCACCAGUGCUUCUCCUGCCGGAUAAUGUGCGCAUCCGCCGAUUCAACCUGUCUUCGGAGCAGUAUUCCGACUACGUGGACAAUGCAGAGCACAUUCAGGCUCUGGACUACCUGUGGGACCCGGACAGACAAGGCCUGAGUAUCGUGUACUGGACAGUUCUUGGUCGGGCGUCUCAAUUUGGUUCCAUCAAACGGGCAUACAUGACAACCUUCAACGAUCAAGGCAACAACCCCGCCAGGGAUGUGGACCUCAACCUGAAAUACGUGGCCAAUCCUGACGGCAUCGCUGUGGACUGGGUUGGCGGGCAUAUUUACUGGACUGAUGCAGGCACCAAUCGCAUCGAGGUGGCCAAAUUAGAUGGGCGCUACAGGAAGUGGCUCAUCCACACUGACCUGGACCAGCCUGCUGCUAUUGUUGUCAACCCAGCACUCGGGACCAUGUAUUGGACAGACUGGGGAAGGAGACCCAAAAUCGAGUCAGCGUGGAUGGAUGGCCAGAACCGGCAGGUUCUGGUUAGCCAAGAAGACCUGGGCUGGCCUACCGGUCUGGCUUUGGACUAUCUGAAUGGGAACAGGAUCUACUGGUGUGACUCCAAAGAAAAUAUCAUUGAGUCCAUGAAGCCUGAUGGCACAGACAGAAAGAUCAUCAUAUCCGGAGACAUUGGGAAUCCGUACAGCGUGGACCUGUUUGAGGGCCAUGUGUACUGGACCACCAAGGAGAAAGGGGAAGUGUGGAGGACCAACAAAUUUGGGAAAGGAAGCAAAGUCAAAGUUUUAACUAUCAACCCCUGGCUGACGCAGGUCCGCAUUUACCAGGAGCAUCGACACAACCUCUCAGUGCCCAACCCCUGCAAGAAUGUGUGCAGCCACCUGUGUCUCCUCCGGCCCGGGGGGUACACCUGUGCCUGCCCCCAAGGGUCCUCUCCAAUGGAUUUUGACUCCAGCGAAUGCGACGCGGCCAUUGAGGCGCCUGUUGCAAUGCCGCUUGCAUGCAGAUGCAUGAAUGGUGGGACGUGCUACACUGAUGAAGGGGGUCUGCCCAAAUGCAAGUGCUCCUACGGCUACGUGGGGAGCUACUGCGAGAUGGGCAAGUCACGAGGAGCCCCUGCAGGAACAGCUGUGGCAGUUCUACUGGCAGUCAUCAUCAUCAUCAUCACCGGAGCGUUGGCAGUCGGAGUUUUCCUCAACUAUAAACGAACCGGGUCCUUCAUCCCUUCCAUGCCCAAGCUGCCCAGCCUCAGCAGUUUGGUGAAGUCCAGCGACGCAGGAAAUGGAGUGACCUUUCACUCUGGCGAUAAUGUGGAUCUCGGACCUGCGCACAUCGGAGUGUCGUUCAUUGACACCACCAUGCCGAUGGACGAUCAUGUUGCCAUGGAAGCUGCGAGGCAUCCUGUCACGUUUGAGAACCCGUUAUAUGCCAACACAACCCCCGUGUCCACCGACCCAGCUGUUAUCCACGCCUCUCAGGUGAGCGUCAACGUGACUGGCGAGCAGUUCCACAACAACUUUGUGAACCCGGUCUAUCGUGGGGAACAGGGCGGGAUUCCUGCGGACGCCACGUCUGGCAGCACCAAAGCAGCUGAGGAGUCAACGUGGAAAUUAUUCAAACGCAAACUGAAGCCCGGCAGCUCCUUUGAGAAGCCAUCGUACUCCAAGAUGAAGGAUGAGAAGGCCGCAGAAGGCGACGGAGACACUCGGGGACCCUCGCCGCUUGCCCCGCCCACUAAACCUCAAAGGAGCGAUCACCCCCACCACCACCACCACCACCAUCAUCAUCACCACCAUCAUCAUCCCAGCUCCUUUUCACCAACAGAGGACACUUUCAAGGACACCGCCAACCUGGUCAAAGAGGACAGUGACGUAUAGCCCCGCCCACAAUGAUGGCGCUCACACUUUGCACAGAAUUUAUUUUUUUAUGCAGCCUGGGGGACGACAACACAUGUUCAAGAUAAACGUUUGGGAUGAAGAAAACAAGUCUAUGCCUUGUGAGGAUUCUCCUGCCAAUCCUUGUCUUUAUUGUGAGCUACUUCACAGGUGUGUAUAUCUUUGUGUAUUUGUACAGGAAGCUCUGACGACAGUAUUCCUUCGUCCCGUAGUCGUCAUGUUUCAUGCUGGAAGGUGAAAAUAAAUAAAAGGCUAAAUGAUGUCAAAUACCAGGAACCAGAACCACAUUCAAAAGGAGAAUGUAGUACUGUACGUUGGUCACUAGGGGCCAGUAUUUGCUGGCUGGGUGAACAACAGCCUAUAGUAAACAAUAGUAAGAAUCAUAACGUUGGGGCCGUAGACCAGCUCAGACUCAACUCUGAACCCCUGAUGUCACUUCCUGUCUGGAACACAUUGAUCGCUGCCACAACUCUUAUGUGAGACGGAACACACGUCUUUCUCUUCCCUGUGUUCUAAAGAUAUAAAAAAACAUUGUCAAAAGAGGCAGCAAAAAAAGUACAAAAAGCACCAACGUAGGGGUGACUAUAGGGGUGUUAUUUUAUGUCCGGAGGGCUCUAAUGCUAUAUUUGGAAAAUAGCUUAUUUUCUCAUGUCUUCUAUAUUGGGUAAUGCUAACGUAGGGGAGCCUAUAGGGGUGUUAUUUUAGGUCCGGAGGGCUCUAAUGUUAUAUUUGGAAAAUAGCUUAUUUUCUCAUGUCUUCUAUAUUGGUUAAUGCUAACGUAGGGGUGACUAUAGGGGUGUUAUUUUAUGUCCGGAGGGCUCUAAUGUUAUAUUUGGAAAAUAGUUUAUUUUCUCAUGUCUUCUAUAUUGGGUAAUGCUAACGUAGGGGUGACUAUAGGGGUGUUAUUUUAUAUCUGGAGGGCUCUAAUGCUAUAUUUGGAAAAUAGCUUAUUUUCUCAUGUCUUCUAUAUUGGGUAAUGCUAACAUAGGGGUGACUAUAGGGGAGUUAUUUUAUGUCCGCGGGGCUCUAAUGUUAUAUUUGGAAAAUAGCUUAUUUUCUCAUGUCUUCUAUAUUGGUUAAUGCUAAGGUAGGGGUGACUAUAGGGGUGUUAUUUUAUGUCUGGCGGGCUCUAAUGUUAUAUUUGGAAGAUGGUAAACAUGUUUGGUAUAUGGCAACUGGAACCAUUUAACCGUGAUAAAUGAGGUCAGCAUCAGAAGGAUGGAAGAAAUGAGGAUGUGACCAAGCGACGAGUCCUCAUCCCAGAUCACGACUAUCAGGAUCCACCUGCUGUGGCCCAGCAAAGUGCACUGGACUCGGGUUCACAGUCUGAUCAGCCAGCAUGACAAAAGGCGCUUGAUUUGCCGCCGUUGAAAAGUGGCCAUGAGUCCACAUCUCUGAUCACGCCGUAGAUGUGAGGGAUGCGUUUGAUUUAGUCUUGAGCAUGUGGAAGUGGUCUUCAUGCUGCAGCAGCGGGCGUGGGCAGAAGGAAGCUGACGGCCACAUCGGACACGCAAGAAGGGAGGUAGGACAAAGGAAUCCACAGCAGCUU